AUGGAAGAAGUGGAAUUUACCUGGAAACGGACCCGGAAGAAAAAAUCAACCGACAGUGAGAGUAUUUGCGCGUGUCUUUUAAAACAACUUCCUGUUGAAUAUUUAAGCAGUGUAACAUAUGGUUUUAAUAAAAUUCCACAAUUAGAUGUUUUAAAGUUAAGUAAACAUGGUAAAGUUACUUGUCUUUCUAAAGACGGAAUGGAUCCGUCUGAUUCAGAAUCAUCAAGUGGUGAUGAUGGAAGUCAUGCAGAUGAUACAUCUCGUCAAUCAGCUAUACCACCUCAAUUGAAACCAUCGCAAAUAAAAUGA